AUACACACACCUAAUAUACCAAACAAAAAAACCCAACCCCAACCACAAACCUCACAAUGAAGUUCUCUCUCACCAUGACGACUGCCCUCCUCGUUGCUGCAGGCGUGGCUUUACCCAUUCCCUCCACAAGUAAAGUGGCGCGGUUCCAGGGCUCGAAUCUCAUCGAUGGAUUGGCUCAAGAGGGAGGACUCUCUGGGUUCUUGUCGACGGUGGAGUUGCCUUUCUUGAACCCGAAUCCUAAGCAGGAUGAGUCUGCGGGGAAUGGAGAAGGGGGUGAGGCUGGUGCUGGUGCUGCGCCUGAGGCGGGACUGGUGCUGGAGCUGGAGCUGGUGUUGGGCCGGCUGGAGCAGAGGCUGGUAUGGGUGCUGGGAAGAAAUAGUUUAGGACCUUUCACUCUAUACGAUUCAAUGAUUAAUGCAGUUACAAUAUUCAUAUUCUGUGGUUCGGUCCGUAGUAGUAGCUAACUAUAACAAUAUCGUGGCACGCGUGCAUUCGUGGAAAUGUGCACGCCAAUCAUUAUCCGGGUCAUGAGUCGUAACGA